AUGGCACUAGCCCGUUUCUCUGACAGUGAACAGAAAGUAACUGAGAGGGCAGAGAAAAUUACAAAAGGAGCUUCUCUGCAGCUUAGCCCUGGAUAUGGUGUUUCACCGGGGCCACCGCAGCAUAACUAUCCCAAUACGUACACCAUCAUUCAGCAGCCUGCUACCACCACCUCUGUUGUAGUAGUUGGAGGCUGUCCUGCCUGCAGAGUUGGUGUACUGGAGGACACCUUCACCUGUCUCGGCGUCUUCUGUGCCAUCGUAUUCUUUCCAAUUGGAAUCCUGUUUUGUCUUGCACUAAGGCAGAGAAGAUGCCCGAAUUGUGGGGCUGCUUUUGGCUAAGGGAUCAAGAUGAAUCUAUUUCUGGAGGCCAGCCUUGUUAGAGUACUCUUUCUAAUGUAAAUGUCAUGUACAAUCACUUUAUUUGAUUAUGCUUCAGACCUGUUUUGUAAAGUGUGAAGAAAUUAGUUUCCUGCAUGUAAUUUAAAAUGUAAUCUUUUAUAAGCAUGUGUAUUGCAAAACAUGAAAACCCACCUUGUUUCCAUGUUAAUGGCACCUUUUGAAACUUAAAUAAAAUAGCUUCUCUUUUUGCAAUCUUCAA